AUGUCGCUCGUGUUGGAGGGCAGCACAUCGAUCUCUGGCAGCACAUCACUCAUGAGCGUCGACGGCCAGCAGAACGACGACCACGACCUACACCGACCUUUAGGACCAUCCCAACCUGAGACAACAUUCGCACAGGCUCGGCAGAGACGGAAGAUCGCCGAACUUGAGGGAAAGCUAGAGGCUCUCGAGUCAGGGCGUGCAAUCAAGGAAAAGCAAACAAAUUAUUAUAUAGCUCAGGGACGAGGGCUAAGGCGCAUUGUCACUUUGUUCGAUAGUAUCGAGCAACUAGUCGCCGAAAACGAUCGAAGGUAUGAUGACGAUAGUGAGGAGGAUGCUACUCUCGACCAAGAUCGGCUGCUGUCAGGGUACCACACCCUAUUGAGAACCCUACCAUGGUUUUUGAAGAAAGCCUCAGACAUAGAGCCCAACGACUUUGCGCGCAUGCUGAAAAUGCUUAGGCAAGGGGCUGACGGUGCCCGGGGAGAUGACACAUCGAAGCUAAAGACUCUUGUCGCGGACUGGGUCAAUCGCGCACUCAACCCAAAUCCUUCAAUCGAUCCCGAUGAUAAACAUUGCCGCGGGUUCAUCAAUGACGCAUGUGGCAGGUUACUUUGCCCGGCUGAACUUGACUGGAACAUCCCAGCGCAGGGAUUCGAGAUCGAUCCGAGGGCUACAUUCGUGACGGACCUUUCUUUCCCGGCGUUUUUGUAUGAAAAUUACACUGCUAAUCCUGACAAUUUGGAGGAAGGUAUUUUCAAGGGAAAAAUUUUGCUGCAGGCCUACAAAGCUGUAUUUACAUCUCCCUCCUCAGCGAAGGAUGUCGAAUGUGACGGUGAUGGCGCGGAUGUAAUUGCGAACAACCGACGCGCUAAGAAGGCAUUCUCGGACAUCAAGGUUAAGAAGCAUGUCGCCCAAAUCAUCAAGAUGGAUAAAGUGACUGCUCGCUCGAUUGCAUACAUUGCUUGUCAAGUGCGAUUCGCGCUUUCAUCUAUUACCUCGUGGCGGUCGGUCGAUGGUGACUUUGACUACAUUAAAUUCUGGCAGACCAUAGUAGACUUCUUUGAAAAGCCUCCUGGUCGAGAAGCGCAGCGCGGGGUCAACCGACUUCUCGAGUGGUGGACAAGAAAAGUUUUCGGAAGAAAUCGCCGUAAUGAGCUCAGCGACGCGGCAAAGGCUAACAUGUCAGUAAACGCUCUUGCAAGGCAGAGGGCACAGCGUGACGAUAUCACUUUUGAUUCACCCUAG